AUGAACGUCGUUCAGCCGGAUGACGCUCUAGAUGAUUCGCCACGUGCAAUAAGAUAUGGACUCGCUCCUUCAAAACAGGCGCAAAAAUGGGACGAGGCGACAUGGGAAAGGGGACACCUAGUGCAACGUUGGCGGCAAUGGGUUCGACGGCAAGGCGCGAUUGAAACCACCAGCAGUGAAAGAACAGUUACAGAGAGAAGAUCCGAAACGAGAGGGACCACUCAUACGAAAGAUGCGAUAACAGAAGACGAAGCAACGACGACAGAAGACGAGGCUACAACCACGCAAAACGAAGUUACAACAACAGACGAACCAAAAUCAACUGCACAAGAGGCUACUACCAAGGGAACAUCUACCCAAGAAUCCUCGGUAUCGUCGACGGUGCUGUCUACGUCCACCGAAAUGUCGAGCGGCUCGAGUUUCACCACAAGCAGUACCGUAACUUCGACGGAACCUGGUGCUUCCUGCUACAGUACAACUGUCAAGACCAGCAUAGUUUGCUCUAUUACCACUGACGGUCAUACUGAGAGUGCUUCUUGUAUUACGAAUAGGAUGACGUCCAGUACAUGUGCUCCUGGUCUAUUGUGCGAGAUACAUCCUGGCUCUGGCGUCACGGUCUGCAUGGAGCAACACAACGAAAUCGGCACCGAAGGUAUAAUUGUGGGAGCGUUUUUUGGUGCUUGCAUUGCAGGAUGUAUAGCUGUCUUGGUUGGCAUGUGUCUCAAGGAUAAGCGCGCCCGGAAAAGGUUUCAGAACAUAAAACGGGCUAAGACAUUGAGAAAGAUGAACACGGCGACGCUGGAAGAGGAGGCAACCCUCAUCGCUGGUUCUACGAACUAA